UUGGUGCGUGCUUUGUGUCCACAACCCCGCGUGAACGCUUUCUCCACUCAGAUCUGAGGAACUAACCAGGAUACAGGAUCUUCUCCUGGUCUGUAGCUCUGAGAGACUUUUUUUUUGCUGUCAACGUAAAAGAAAAGGAGAAGGAAUAAGAGAAUGAAUUAUUUUAGACAUCCUUUUUCUGUAUCCACCACGCGUUAACGCUCAGCAGUAGCAGGGUUUGGUUUUAUUCUGCCUCUUUUGCGUCGAUUUCUCUUUUCUCUUUGUGGGAGAAGAAGGGGAGACAACGUAAUGCUUUCGCAAAUGUGAACGGGAAGUGAAGUGUGUGCAGCGAUUUUGGGGAGAGAGAGUGGACACACACACACACACACACACACACACACACACACACACAGAGAGAGAGAGAGAUGGGCAAAUCCAACAGCAAACUCAAGCCAGAGGUGGUGGAGGAGCUGACCAGGAAAACCUACUUCACUGAAAAAGAAGUCCAGCAGUGGUAUAAGGGUUUCAUUAAAGACUGCCCCAGUGGGCAGCUGGACUCAGCUGGCUUUCAGAAAAUCUACAAGCAGUUUUUUCCCUUUGGGGACCCCACCAAGUUUGCUACAUUUGUCUUUAACGUCUUUGAUGAGAACAAGGAUGGACGCAUUGAAUUCUCUGAGUUCAUCCAAGCACUGUCGGUCACCUCCAGAGGAACACUGGAUGAAAAACUUAGAUGGGCCUUUAAACUGUAUGACCUUGAUAAUGAUGGCUACAUAACACGAGAUGAGAUGCUGAACAUUGUGGAUGCCAUCUAUCAGAUGGUGGGAAACACAGUGGAGCUACCUGAGGAGGAAAACACACCAGAGAAAAGAGUGGAUCGCAUUUUUGCUAUGAUGGACAAGAAUGCAGAUGGGAUGUUGACACUACAGGAGUUUCAAGAGGGCUCCAAGGCAGAUCCUUCCAUUGUACAGGCCCUGUCACUCUACGAUGGGCUUGUGUAGCCAGACUUCAACAUGGCACACAGCUACCCCGACAAUCCAUUUUUGCCAUCCUGCUUGCUCUGUGAGAGAAGCUGAUGUAUUCCUUGCUUUCCCACACUUGCUUGGACCAUGUACUGCAUUAGUGCAUUGUGGGGGCUGCUUGUGGAUACAGCUCAUCUGUCAGUUAUUCAUCUGCAUUGUCAAAGAAAAACACAGGUCAAGAUCACAGAUUGUGCCAUCUUCUGCAGAAUUAUUCUCAAGAUUCUUAUGAAUAUGAUGAAUUAAGUCAUUUCCUUUCAAGGAGAGAGAAGCACCCAUGCAUGAGCAGUGCACAUAUAAUAAUCAGUAUAUUACUGAAUACCAGUAGACCCAGUCAUUGUAUUUUGUUCGGUGGAUCAAGAUGAAGACAUUCAGACACUCCAAACUCUUGAGGGGCCUCCAAACAGGACAAUAUGUUCCAUAUAAAUAUAUAAUAAAUGAACAAAACUUCAAACUGUGUUACUGAACUGUAGUUUAUGGACAAUGACAUGAAGGCUGUGAUUCACUGGACCUGAUAGGCCAGUAUUUUUGAAGAUCAAGUGAAAAUGUAUUAUACUUGAUUUAAUGUAUUCAGACAUGUUUUAAGCUGUUCUUAUCACAUCUGUGGUGUAAAUUACUGCUGCAACCUUUGCUGCUCUUGUGAUGCUUCUGUGAUCAUACUGAGGUGUGUGAUUUGCAUUAAACACUGAUAUGGUGAUGUAUUGCUUCUCUAGCUAAACCUAACAUAUUAUGGAUGACAGAGGGAAUAUAGUUAAGCUUUGGCUCAUAUGGCUCAAAAAAAGUGUUUCCCAUUUUCACUAUUUUCAAAUUUACUUUAUAUAGUGCAUUUUGAAAACCAUCAGUCUCCUUAAUUUAUUCAGAUACUUUAUAACAUAUCAUUGCACUUUUCCAGCAGUUUACUUGCUUAAUGGAAAUUUGAGACAGAAGGAGUCUAAUCUAACAAGCUUUUCAUAGCUAGGACAAAGAUUGAUUAAUUGGCUAAUUUUUGAGUGUUCACAUCACACUUACCUGACGUCAUUUCACAGCAUGGAGAUGACAGCACACCAGGACAACAACCAGAAGCUAAACAUCCCUCUGUACAGAAUAACAUUCAUGACUUAAUAUGGUAUUUAAUAUAUUUAUCCAUGGUACUAAGAAAUCUGAAAUCGAAACAGUACAUUGUACAACAAGACAGUAUCUGAAUAUGCAGCACAUUGUAAUGUACAGCAUGAAAGUGUAAUGUAUUUAUUCCCUCUUUGUCUAAACAGACUGCUGACAUUUCUGUUAUUGCGGCCGGAAACAGUUCAAGUCUCGGACUAUAUUAUUGUACGUUUUAAGGGUACAAUAAAAUACAAAUCUAAAAUACAUCACAGGCAUCUUUUAAGCAUAAAACAACCCAUCUUGGUCUCCUUAGAAAAGUGGUUAAGAGUUCUUUCUGUAUGUUCCUUUAAGAACACUGUAAAUUGUAUUGCUGACGCAGUCAAUAUUGUGAAUACACACACCAUACAGUAUGUAGUGACAUGUUAUUGUAGUUCUUAAAUAAAUCAAAAUGGUUUUAAAACAGAACACUGGGUUUUUUAAAGAGGGCGCUAAACUGAGAUUAAUAAAGCUUUUUCCAUGAUUAGCUGUUUUGAAACAUGAUGUAGUUAUCAGGACAGGUGAGACUUACACAGCAAUUUGCUCACAAAAGACAAAAAAACAAAGAUUGUCAUGUCCUCUUAGACAACUGCAUCGCUAAACUCCUCCCACUGUCUUUCUGUAGCUGCCCUCAUCAGAUAUAAAACCCUGAUACUUGUCUACAAAGCCAAAAUUGGACUAGCGCCCACUUACCUCAAAGCAUUUAUCACACACUGCACUGCACCACCCAUCACUCAGGGUACAAGUAAAUACCUGCAUCUAGACUCUUCUUAGCACUUUAAUUUCAAAAAGUGUUAUCUGUGUCAUAUUUCUAUAUUACCUCCCAACAGAGUUUAUAGACUCGUACU